UGCCAUAGUCUUCUACUUACUUCCAGGUGCCGACAUCUCAGCCAACGCGUCUGUUUAGCUUCCUCAACCCUCUGGCUAUAGAGAUCUGGUUGUACGUCCUUGCUGCGUAUAUCCUCGUCUCUUUCACACUCUUUGUUAUGGCCAGAUUCUCUCCUUAUGAAUGGUCUUCAAGCACGCAUGUCUGUGGACAUGAAACGAAGUUAUUGACAAACCAAUUUAGUGUCUGCAACUCUUUUUGGUUCAUCACCGGUACUUUUUUGAGGCAAGGAUCUGGUCUUAAUCCUAUGGCGACAUCAACUCGUAUUGUUGGCGGUAUCUGGUGGUUCUUCACCCUGAUCAUCCUCUCUUCGUACACUGCUAACCUGGCGGCAUUCCUCACGGUGGAGAGGACGGUACUUCCCAUACAGAGUGCAGCAGACUUGGCUGCACAGAACCAUGUGCAGUACGGCACUCUUAAUGGGGGGUCUACUAUGACUUUCUUCAGGGACUCCAACAUAGAUAUUUACCAAAAGAUGUGGCAGCACAUGUCUACAGCAUCACCACCGUCUCUCGUCUCAUCAUACGAGGAGGGUGUGAGGAGGGUCUUAGCAGGGAAUUAUGCCUUCCUCAUGGAGUCCACGAUGCUGGACCAUAGGGUGCAGAGAGAUUGCAAUCUGACGCAGAUAGGUGGACUUCUAGAUUCUAAGGGUUACGGGAUAGCGACAUGGAAAGGCAGUCCCUGGCGUGACAGGAUAUCUCUCGCGAUCCUGGAUCUGCAGGAGAAGGGGGUCAUCCAGAUCCUGUAUGACAAAUGGUGGAAGAACACAGGAGAUGUCUGCAAUCGGGACGGCAAGGAUAGCAAAGCAAAUCCACUUGGAGUACAGAAUAUUGGUGGUGUAUUUGUGACGUUACUGUGUGGGUUGGCGCUGGCCAUAGUUGUCGCUAUACUGGAGUUCUGCUGGAAUACGAAGAAAAAUGCAUCCCAUGGCCGGCAGUCACUAUGCAGUGAAAUGGGCCAGGAGCUAAGAACAGCGAUGCGCGGUGGUUCCUCCCGUACUGUUCUCCGGCCUGGCUGUUCGCGCUGCUCUCCAGCAACACAUGUCCCUCCAGCACCUUCUAGAUAUGAGAUGCCGGACGCGUCGAGCACGGUAGAACUAAAGGAGCUGCGGUGGUCGUAGCGCGGGGCUCGCGGGCCCGCAUCCGCGCCCGCUUCGCCCGCGCC